GGACUCUGCGGGAGUACCAGUCUGCGCGGGAGGAAAGCGCAUGCGGGGCUUGUCCCCAGGGAAGCUUCUGCGAGGGCCCCGGGCAGCAAAGAAUAAGUGGAGACUGUUUGGAGGGAUUUUACUGUCCCGAGGGCUCGACGGACAAGGCCCAGCAGCUCUGCCCCGCCGGCUCUAGCUGUCCUGCUGCAGCAGCAGAGCCCAUUGAGUGCGAGCCCGGGUAA